UAUCUUCGUGGGUUGCUAUGGAAGUGAUAUUAGCAAUAUUAGAAAUCCAGCACUGUGGGCUGUGAGGCAAUAGGAUGUGAUAGAAACCAUAAGCAUGGAUGCAGUAGAAGAAGAUUUAAUUUCAACACAGAUAUAUUCAAUUCUUUGGGAAAAUGUGAGAGAAAAAGAAGGCAAUAUAUCAGAAAAACUCUGAGGCAGAGUUGAUCAGCAAAAGGGGGAAGUGCUACCCAGAUGAAGAGAAGCUUUCUGUCUAAGCACCUUCUCUGAGGUGAUUACUUCAUUACAAUACAGUAACUUUCUUGAAGAUGAAACAGAAACUAAAUUUUCCAAAUUUUUCAAGUUUUGAAGCUCAAUCAGUGAAAAAAAUGAUCCUGCUCAGAUUCUCAGUUCCAAAAACUGCCAGCUGAAGAGUAACAGACUUUGCUGUCUUGUGUAUCUUUGUAGAAUGUUUUCAAGCAUCCAAGCUGAUGACACCCAGGCAGUCACAAUUCCAACUUGCUCAGAAAUGCACUGGGAGCCCCAUUAUUGGUAAUGCUUCAUGUAUGUUCAAUAUCCUGGAAGUGGUGAAAAGAGUCAUGGUGUCAGUAUCGAGGAAUGGGAUAAACUCAACAGGCAGAGAGGAAGUACUGGAAAUUAUGGAGUUUUCAUAAUUUCAAUCUGUCUGCAACCAGAAGCUGGGAAAUUUUAAUGAACAUUUGAACUGAGAUACCCAUGGCUGGUGGCUUGGAGUUUGAGCUGGACUGCAUGAUCUUCUUUAUGAUUCAGCCCAACUCCCCUUAUCUGGCUGAGUGGUCCCACCUACCGGGAAAUUUCCACAGGGAUUCAUAUGAAUUUAUCGCAACUGAACCAAGUCCUGUCAUCAUCUGCUGCAAAAGGGCUGAUCAGGUUCUGAGAGAAAAGUCUAAAUUUUCUGGAUCCAAACAAGGACCACAGGUUUGGAUAGCAAUUCUUGAUUCAUGGAGGAGGUUUCCAGCUGAAAUGUGCAGUCCUAAGGAGAAACAAAAAUAUCAAUCAUCAGUUGGAAGGAACCCUACUGUUCUUCAAUCUGGGGCACUCAGCAGCAAAGAAGCGAAGAAACUUUUUUAUUUUGCUCUGCCAAGACUGGUGAGACUACUUACAGAAAAGGAAAAAGAAGGAAAUACAAAUUCACUGGCACUUCAUAAAUAUUAUUGUAGUUUUGUGGCGCAGUUUGAAGCAAAAAGACAUUGGGCAAUGCUGUUCAGAGGUGUACUAAUGUCCUCCUUUCUGAAACCAGGCUUCAGCUACCUACAUUUAAAAAGGCUCUCCACGGGAUGGGAUAUUCAUCUUGGUCAGAUUAAAACCUGGAACACAACUUCUGGGGCUAAAAAGUUGCUGUUCCUGGCCACUUGCCACCAGCACUAAGGUUCAGGACUGACCUUCAACCAAAUAUUUAAGGAACUCUGCAGAGCCUGAUGUGCUCCACACUGCAUGAUUUGAUGGGAAGGAAGCCUACCUCCACAGGAGGGCAUCGAGAAAGUAAGAUAAAGCAGCACUCUGAAAGGAGCAGCAGCAGGACAUAUCUCAAAAUAUUAUCAAAGAAAAAGUGUUUUCUUAAAGGGCAGCAGUCUCUGUUGCAGAGAUCAUGGUUGUGCUAGCAAAAGAACAGAUCCUUUUGCACUACUUCCUGUCUUUGAGAGUGGUUUGCAAUGCUUUCCCCCACUAAGCAGAUAAAAAAAAAUCAUGGGAACAGACCAGGUCAUUUUACAUCCUGCAUUACCCACAGGUCAUAUCAGAAAUCCUAGUGGAAGUUUUGUCUUUAGAGAACAUGAAGAGUGGAAAUGGAAAUACAUCCCCAAUACACUAAAUUGUGGUGCCAACAUGUGAAUGAUUUCAGGAUGCUGCUCUUUCAUUAUUUAUCAUUUAUGGCUAGAGAUUUCAAACAUCAAAUACCUGAAGAUUUGAAUAAAUUACCACUGAAGAAAUUGUCUAUUCUGCAGCUCCACGGCAAGUUCUUCUAGGGCAAGCAUAAGUUAUUGCUGCAUGUCUUGUUUAUUUGCAGCUUUUAACUCACACAACAGCGGUGGUUUCUUUUCCCUUCCUUCCUUUAAACUAGCUUAGUGCCUUAAAAAUUCAGCACUGCCUAUUAGGGCUAGGUGGCUUAAGAUUAUGUGAAAAAAAUAUUUGCUGAAAAAUAUGCCUUUAAUUCUUUACAAAGCAGACAUGAAUUUGCCAGUUGUGGCCUAUGACCCUUACUACAAAAUCGUUCUCAGGACUCAGGAAAUUAAAUUGAAUUUCAUCUCUUGAGAGUCAAUGUCUGCAUUCACUUCAACCUCCAGAGGCAGACAUAACUGGCAAGCUGUGGAAUUCCAGAUGCAACAUCUCCUAAAUCUUUCCUGCCAGUAGUCCUACUUUUUCUACACAAUUAUUAUAUGAUCUCAUAGCAAUCAUUUCUAUACUUAGGAUGGUUUUAGCUAUUAUGCUUUUUGCACUGAGUGGAAGAACAUUAGGGCUGAAUGUCUUCAGACAAAAAGGCAGCUGAAUCAAAAUUUCCAAUAUGCUUGGUAAAUUUCCCAACUCUGGAUGAUGAACUACAAAAAUAAGUGGAAUUUCUGACAAGAUAAAUGCCCUUUGGUUUUCUGAGUACUUUAAUCUUUGGAUGGAUUAAUCUCUUGAAUAUAAAACCAAAUUUUAAAAAUUCAUUUGAACUGAAUAACUUCUGGGUUAGUUGCAACAAUAAAAAAGUGUAAAUUCUU